CCAGGAAGGGGGCGGGCUUAAAGAACCAUGGCUGGGUUGUGCCUACCUGUACCCCGGCUUGAAGGAGUCUCGCGGGAGCGGUUCACACAGCAUCUAUACCCGCAGAGAAAACCACUAGUGUUGGAAGGUAUUGACUUGGGGGCGUGUACGAGCAAGUGGACAGUGGAUUACCUAAGCCAGGUCGGAGGGAGGAAAGAAGUAAAGAUACAUGUUGCUGCAGUUCCACAGAUGGACUUCAUUAGUAAGAACUUUGUAUAUAGAACUUUACCUUUUGACAAGUUGGUCCAGAGGGCAGCUGAAGAGAACCAUAAAGAAUUCUUCAUUUCAGAGGAUGAGAAGUACUACUUACGGUCCCUUGGGGAAGAUCCUAGAAAGGAUGUUGCAGAUAUCAGAAAGCAGUUUCCUUUGUUAGAAGGAGAUAUUAAGUUCCCAGACUUUUUUGAAGAAGAGCAAUUCUUUUCGAGUGUUUUUCGUAUCAGCUCAGCAGGAUUACAACUUUGGACUCACUAUGAUGUUAUGGAUAACUUUUUAAUACAAGUGACAGGAAAAAAGCGUGUUAUACUGUUCAGUCCUCGAGAUGCCGAGUAUUUAUAUUUAUCAGGUACUAAAUCAGAAGUACUGAAUAUAGAUAAACCAGACUUGGCUAAAUAUCCACUGUUUUCCAAGGCUAGAAGAUAUGAGUGUUCCCUUGAAGCUGGAGAUGUGUUAUUCAUUCCUGCUUUAUGGUUCCAUAACGUAAUAUCUGAAGAGUUUGGAGUGGGAGUGAAUGUCUUUUGGAGGCACCUUCCUUCUGAAUGCUAUGAUAAGACAGACACCUAUGGAAACAAAGACCCUACAGCAGCGUCAAGAGCUGCACAGAUUUUGGACAGAGCCUUAAAAACUCUGGCUGAAUUACCAGAGGAAUACAGAGACUUCUAUGCACGGCGAAUGGUGUUACACAUUCAAGACAAAGCCUACAGCAAGAACUUUGAGUAAAUAAGGCAGUACUAAUAGAUAUAAACGUUUUAGUAAAAUUCUGCUCAAAUAUUAGAAAAAUACAAUAUAAUUUUUAAUUCACUUUGUUAAAGUAAGAUUGAUAAAUCAAUCUCAGAUUUAUAAAUUAAACAAGUAUAAAGGGGCAUUUGUGUGGAUUCUACUUGAUUCAAAUUAUUAUCCUUUAAAGAAAGCUGUACUGGUACCAC